AUGGACGCCCUCAGAGAGAAAUUGCAUCACACAAAACUGCACGACGCCAAAGCCAAAGCGUCACAUCUAAAACACAAGAUUGGAAAGCUCGAAAAUCUGUUCAACCCGAACCAUCGCCACGAUGAAGCUCACGAACAAGAGGUAGACCGUCAACGCACUGCCAUUGCCGAGUCCCACAGAUUUGAAUCCUUUGCUCCUGAACAUGACGGAAACAAGGUCAAGUGGUAUGUUGACGCUUCAGAUUACAUGUGGGCAGUCUCUGUUGCUCUUGACCGCGCAAAGGAGACCAUUUAUAUCGCCGAUUGGUGGUUGUCACCAGAGUUAUUUCUGCGAAGACCCCCGAAUCGCAAUCAGGAGUGGAGAUUGGAUCAGGUUCUUAAAAGACGCGCCGAGGCUGGUGUUCAGAUUUAUGUGAUUGUGUACAAAGAGGUCUCCCAAGCUCUGACGUGUAAUUCCGCACAUACAAAGCAUGCAUUGAGGAAUCUGUGUCCUGAGGGAUCAAAAGGCGCGGGCAACAUCCAUGUCCUUCGACACCCUGAUCACAAUAUGUUUGAGAACCUAGGUGACAUGACUUUCUAUUGGGCUCACCAUGAGAAAUUCGUGGUUGUUGACUACGAACUUGCCUUCAUUGGCGGCAUCGAUCUCUGCUUUGGCAGAUGGGACAACCACCAACAUCCACUCGCUGAUGUCCAUCCAGCUGGUAUAGAGAAUGAGAUCUUCCCUGGCCAAGAUUUCAAUAACAAUCGUAUCAUGGACUUUCAAAGCGUCGAAGACUGGCAGACCAAUGAACUCAACAAAACAGAUUACGGCCGUAUGCCCUGGCACGACGUCGCCAUGGGUCUGAUGGGUCCGUGUGUUUAUGACAUAGCUGAGCAUUUUGUACUACGAUGGAAUUGCGUUAAGAGGGACAAGUACAAACGCGACGAGAAAGUGGAUUAUCUCCUGAUCGAGGGCCGUACCGGUGAAGAUGAGGGUCUCAUCGCUGUUCAGCGCCCAAAGUUUCCUUGCGGAGAAUAUAUUCAGCAUCCCUUGACACCACUGAGCACGAAGCCUCACGUUGAGCAGGGUACAGUUCAUGCUCAGAUUAAUGCAUAUUCGGAGAUCAUCAGCAAAGCAGAACAUUAUGUCUAUAUUGAAAACCAAUUCUUUGUGACUGCGACUGGAGACCAGCAACAUCCUGUCCAAAACACGAUAGGGAGUGCCAUUGUCGAGGCUGUGGUUCGCGCCGGGAAAGAAGGCCGUAAGUUUCGCGUGAUGAUUGUCAUUCCAUGCAUCCCAGGGUUUGCAGGAGAUUUGCGAGAGAACGCUGCAGCAGGUACUCGGGCCAUUAUGGAUUACCAGUACAAGUCCAUUCUUCGGGGUGAGAAUUCGAUCUUUGAGCAGGUUAGAGCACAAGGCGUUGAUCCAACAGAGCACAUAUUCUUCUUCAACCUUCGCUCCUACGACCGUAUCAACAAAACCAAAGAACUAGUCGAGCAAGAAGAAAAGUCCGGCGUCCAUUAUCAAGAUGUCCAGCGUGCAAAUGCAGAACAAAUCAUGGGCGAAAGUGUCCACCCAGAAGUUGGCGAAGAAGGCGAUAUUCACGAGCACAACCAUCAUAUCAGCAAGAAAGAGCAGGAAAGCAAAAUAGACAGUGUACGGAGAUUCGAGGAGCAACGCGAAGAGACAUAUGAUGGAGAUCGGGAGAUUAAGAGUAGUGAUAGUAUUGCCCAAAAUGCCAUGCUCAAUCAACGGAAAGUAAGUGAGGAAUACUGGGGUGACGAAGACCCCGAGAAAGAGAAAGAGAACUUUGUCCAAGAGGAGCUGUACGUUCAUGGCAAAGUAUGCAUUGUCGACGACCGGAUUGUUAUUUGUGGUAGUGCCAAUAUCAAUGACCGAUCCCAACUUGGCGACAGGGACAGUGAGCUCGCCAUCGUCCUCGAAGACACCGACAUUAUCGACAGUACCAUGAACGGCCAGCCAUACCGUGCUUCUCGUCUCGCAGCAACCCUUCGCCGUCACCUAUGGCGCGAGCAUUUAGGGCUUCUCCUUCCGCAAGAAUUAGACUCAAGCAACAAUCCUAAUGCCCAGCCACCCAACGAUUGUCCCAACAGCAACGGCGAAGGCCCAGAAUACGAAUUUGUUACGGACCCUCUUGGCGAAGAGCUAUGGGAAACAUGGACAUCACAAGCCACCACUAACACUGAAGUAUUUCGAUUCCUAUUCCGUGCUGACCCCGACAAUAAUAUCAAGACCUUUGAGGAAUACGACCACUUUGCACCUAGAAAGUCGAUCAAGCAGGGCCAUUUGCAUGAUCCAUUUUUGCCGGUUAGUAUUGUGCGUGAGAAUCUGGAUAAGAUCAAGGGGCAUCUUGUUUGGAUGCCAUUGGACUUUUUGAAGGAUGCUGAGAUGGCUGAGCCGGGAUUGUCGGUUAAUCAAAUCACAGUUAGUAUUUAUACAUAA